AUGCCAUCUAAAGGAGUCAAAUGCUUUGCAUACAUUGCAGUCGAUGGAGUCGAGAUUGAAUUCACUGUUCCAAAACAAAGCGUCAGGCGAAGUGCCCAACGCGAGUUUCUCUUCGACCACUUGGAAAUCGAGUCAUCCAACCUCCCUCGUUUUAAAUUCACUGGAAACUUUGAAUUCAUCGUUCGCCGCGACGGUCGGGAACUGACAAAGCAAUGGGUCGCAGUAAACAGUAUGACAGGCAAAGUCGAAGACGGCACAAUGGUCAACAUGGAGCAGACACCCGCUCUCUUCCCAGAAGAUGUCGUGAUAACCUACGGCUUCUACGAUGCCGGACCCGGACUCGCAGAACUACCAAAACAACACCAAUGCUACAUAACCGUAACGCCCAACUACGAGAACUGGAUGCGCGACAAAAUCCCCCGGGGCUCUGAUCUCGCCAACCGCCCUUUCCACAAAAUGGUCCUACCUUCCGCCCACGACAUCGGCAUGAACAACAUGUCGUCCAGCCUAUCUCUGAUCAGAAACGCCGGCACAGGCCUCAUCCGCGAAGUCCUCGGCCGCUCUCUCCCCCGCGUUCUAUCCAUCCUCAACAAAGUCAGUGAUGGAGCCAUCAACCGCAUCGCUCCGGACAUCAUCCGCGCGCUCGCCAUAACCCAAAAGGACACCCUUGACGCCAUCCUCAAAAUCGGAGCUCGAUACUUUGAAUUCCGCCCAGCAAAAUGCCACCGCCAACUCCACUCCCUCAGCUCCCUAGACGACACGCUGUACUUCCAGCACGGUGCCAUACCGGGAAUGCCGUACCGCGUCCUUCUCGACCACAUCACCCGCUUCCUAGCCUCCCACCCAGAUGAAAUAAUCGUUGUUCACAAUAGAUGGGACGGCGUACCCGACGCCUGCCCGCGACCCAGCCCCUCCGACCUCACAGACAUCCUUUCCCCCCUCCUGUCCGACAAAAACCUCCAAGUAGGCUCGCAAGACGACAUGCAGCACCGCUCCAUCCGCGAGCUCCGUGACCAAGGCAAACGCCUCAUCAUCCUCACCGACCUGCCCCAAUACUCAAACUACGACGACCAAGCAAACGCAACCCUAACGGGCGAGUCCAUGCUCGACCGCUUACAUUCCAUGUGCGAUGGCCCGCCCGCUGAUCCCAAUGCCCCCGUUACUCUCUUUCAGUGCCAGGCCACCGCUACGAAUAUCACAGAUGUAAUCGUGGCUACCGUCCUGGAUAGCGAUGUCAGUACGAGUCCCAUUCUCGCUACGAAGCCCGUGUGCGAUGCCAAGAUUCUGCCGCUGUUGAAGGGGGAUGUGGGCAGGAAGCUGGUCAGGGAAAGGGAAGGCUUGGUGGUUUUUAUUAAUGAUUUUUUUGAUGGCGCGACGGCGGAUGUUGCUGUGGGGGCUUGUGUAGAGAGGUUGGGGUGA